GUUCCCGGCCUGGGGAGGCGUGUGCUGCUGCUGCAGCCAGCCCGGGAGGGAGAGGGAUGGGUGUUGGAGGAGGAAUUCGGGCUUAACAAGUGAUCGCUGCUGUCUAGGAUUUUGUUUCUUUUUCUCGGGAACCUUCGCUUCCUUUCCCAGUCGAGCGCUUUUGUGCUGAACUCCAGAGGAGCCAGGAGUCUUGAGGGUCUUCCCUGGGGCACCCCCGAUGCCCACCCCUGCGCUCCAGCAGCGAGCACUCUGUGCCCCCCUGGCCAGGCAACAGAACUUAUUCCGUGGAUAUUUUGGAGCCUCCACCUGCCACACAGGCGUGAUUCUUUCUGCUCCCAAGAUCAUUGUUCCCCUCCUCCAGCUGUUGCAGCUUGAGGGGGGAAAAUAAAAACCAACCGGGGGAUAUUCUUUAUUUUUAUUUUGCACCCUGCCGGGGAACGGUGAAGUGCUUCUUCUGCAUGAUUUUAGCUGAAGGACGCUCUGUCUGCAUUUCCUUGAUUUCUAUGGAGACCUCAGAGCUGGGUUUGCCCCUGCUGGCACCUCAUCUCACACAUUCUCUACCUCCCAAGGUCUUUGCCUCUAUCGAUAGCUUGGCACUGCCUCCGGGUCCAGAAAGCCUGUGAUGAACUUGAGGGGAGAGCCUGGAGAAUCCUCCUGGUAGGGUGGAGCGGCAAUGGCUGGACAUACUUCAAGUCUCAUGUUAACAUGGGUCAAGCUGUCACUAGAAGGCAAGUGAUAAGACUAGAGGCUUAUUUGCAUUUUAUUUAAAUUUGAUGGACUGAGCUUUGGACGGUUUCCAUGGCAGAAAAAUGUAUUCCAUUUUCUAGGCACAACUACUGGCUGUCAGAUACUUGCUGUCUUUGAAUCUUGCAGCGUCACCACCAACCACAUCCUAGACGUAUUUCCAAAUUUGAACAUCCACCCCAAAACAGGUGUUUGGGAGACGCCCCAACAUUUUCUGACUUAGGCUUGAGAGUGCUAGGCUAUUUAUCUAGACCAGCCCAGCUCUGGAGAGGGAUGUUGAAUCCCUGGGAAGAAAGGGCAUGGGGCCUGCAGAUUUAAAAACAGAAAAUGCAAAGUUGGACUGAAAAUAUCUCUAGUCUUCCAAGCAAUCUGCUUAAGGGUUCCAAACUUACCUUCAUUUGGUGAGAAAAGAAGCUGCCCUAUUUUUUUCUUUCUUGUACAACUGGAACCAGCCAUUUCCAAAAACCACCACCAUGGAGGUUGCCAUGGUGAGUGCCGAGAGCUCAGGGUGCAACAGUCACAUGCCUUACGGUUAUGCGGCCCAGGCCCGGGCCCGGGAGCGGGAGAGGCUCGCUCACUCACGGGCCGCGGCGGCCGCCGCUGUCGCAGCCGCCACAGCAGCUGUGGAAGGCAGCGGGGGUUCUGGAGGGGGCGCCCAUCACCACCACCAGUCUCGUGGGGCCUGCACCUCCCACGACCCUCAGGGUAGCCGGGGUAGUCGGAGGAGGAAGCGACCGCGGCCGGAGAAGAAGAAGGUCCACCACCGUCAGAGCAGCUUUCCUCAUUGCUCCGACCUGAUGCCCAGCGGUUCUGAAGAGAAGAUCCUGAGGGAGCUGAGUGAGGAGGAGGAGGAGGAGGAGGAGGAGGACGAGGACGAGGAGGAGGAGGGGAGGUUUUACUACAGCGACGAGGAUCAUGGCGAUGAGUGUUCGUACACCGACCUGCUGCCGCAGGACGACGCGGGCGGCGGGGGCUACAGCUCCGUGCGCUACAGUGACUGCUGUGAGCGCGUGGUCAUCAAUGUCUCGGGCUUACGCUUCGAGACCCAGAUGAAAACCCUGGCCCAGUUUCCAGAGACGUUACUGGGGGACCCUGAGAAGAGGACUCAGUACUUUGACCCUUUGCGCAACGAGUACUUCUUUGACAGGAACAGGCCUAGCUUUGAUGCCAUCUUGUAUUACUACCAGUCGGGAGGCCGCCUGAAGAGGCCAGUCAACGUGCCGUGUGACAUCUUCACCGAGGAGGUGAAGUUCUACCAGCUGGGAGAGGAGGCCCUGCUGAAGUUUCGGGAGGACGAGGGCUUUGUGAGGGAGGAGGAAGACAGGGCCCUGCCGGAGAACGAAUUUAAGAAGCAGAUUUGGCUCCUCUUUGAGUAUCCGGAGAGCUCCAGUCCCGCCAGGGGCAUCGCCAUCGUCUCCGUCCUGGUCAUCUUAAUCUCCAUCGUCAUCUUCUGCCUGGAAACCUUGCCUGAGUUUCGGGACGACAGGGAUCUCGUCAUGGCCCUGAGUGCGGGUGGGCCCAGCGGGUUGUUGAAUGACACCUCGGCCCCCGACCCGGAGAACGCGGGGCACACGAUAUUCAACGACCCCUUCUUCAUUGUGGAGACAGUCUGCAUCGUUUGGUUUUCCUUUGAGUUCGCGGUUCGCUGCUUCGCUUGCCCCAGCCAAGCACUCUUCUUCAAAAACAUCAUGAACAUCAUUGACAUUGUCUCCAUUUUGCCUUACUUCAUCACCCUGGGCACCGACCUGGCCCAGCAGCAGGGGGGUGGCAACGGUCAGCAGCAGCAGGCCAUGUCGUUUGCCAUCCUCAGGAUCAUUCGUCUGGUCCGGGUGUUCCGGAUCUUCAAGCUCUCCAGGCACUCCAAAGGCCUGCAGAUCCUGGGGCACACCCUCAGGGCCAGCAUGCGGGAACUGGGCCUGCUCAUUUUCUUCCUCUUCAUUGGGGUCAUCCUGUUUUCCAGCGCCGUGUAUUUCGCAGAGGCGGAUGAACCUACCACCCAUUUCCAAAGCAUCCCGGAUGCGUUUUGGUGGGCUGUGGUGACCAUGACAACCGUGGGCUACGGGGACAUGAAGCCCAUCACCGUGGGGGGCAAGAUCGUGGGGUCCCUGUGUGCCAUUGCCGGUGUCUUAACCAUUGCUUUGCCAGUGCCAGUGAUUGUCUCUAACUUUAACUAUUUCUACCACAGAGAGACUGAAAAUGAGGAACAGACACAGCUGACACAGAACGCAGUCAGUUGCCCAUACCUCCCUUCUAAUUUGCUGAAGAAAUUUCGGAGCUCUACUUCUUCUUCCCUGGGGGACAAGUCAGAGUAUCUAGAGAUGGAAGAAGGAGUUAAGGAAUCUCUCUGUGCAAAGGAGAAGUGUCAGGGAAAGGGGGAUGACAGUGAGACAGAUAAAAACAACUGUUCUAACGCAAAGGCCGUGGAGACCGAUGUGUGAAUUUCGUUCUCCACUUGCCACGGCCCCAUCGCCCCAAACCCCAGCAUCUCCAAAUAUAUUUAUGCAUAGAGAGUGCAGUUAUGACAAUGAAAUAUGCAAGUGAAUCCAAUGCAUACAGCAGUACACCAUUUAAUGGUUAUACGUGGCAUAAUUGUUACUAUCCUUGUAUUACAUAUCAAAUAAAUGAUACAACUUGGAGAAGAGGGAGGCUUAAAUAGGAGCAAAUCGAUCUUUAUAUUUUUCAAUAGAAUGCAAGAAUUUUGCACAUGAACUGGAAAAGAUGUUAAAAGUAAAGAUAGUUCCAUGGAGAGAAUGUGUAUAUGUGUGUUUAUGUGUGUGUGUGUGUGUGUGUGUGUGUGUGUGCUGCGUGCGUGUGUGUAUGUAUAAGUAAAUUGUCAACGUUGUUAGUAAUCAUGCAGUGAUGGGAAAAGUUGGCAUUUUGAAGUAUUUACUAUGUAAGAACUAAUGAAUUUGAGCAUUCAUUUAACAGUGCUUUAAUAGCAUCUCUUGUCUUUGGAAUCCAUAGUUUUUUAAAAAUUGUAAGAAUUACUGUGUAGAAAAAAAAAGAAAGUGGAUUAUUUAAUAGAAUAUAGGUCACAAUUUUAUCUUGAAUUUAAUUAAAGUUUAUUUUUAACUGGAAAUUAACUUUUAAAAAGGCUGCAAGGGCCUUUAGAAAUUGAUUAUAUUUUAUUAUUAAGUUUGGGAAGAGAUGACAGCAAAUGCCUAAUGAGGUGGAUAGAAGAAAUGACAUCGGAGAAAAAUGUAACAGCUUUUUGUUCACAGAUACCAGGACUGGAAUAAUUUUUUUUUUCCUUUGCACUACUUUAUAUGCUGGCGAUUGAGAGAGACUUCAUACUGUGAAUGUUGACUAAUGUAACCGUUCAAUGACAAUCAUUGGAAGAAUGAUUUCUUAGUCCUAUUUUAUUGUUCUCUUCUUUUCUUUGUGUGAGACUAAUGGCCACGCAGAUAACAGCACACGAUUCCAUUCUCUUUUUAAAUCUAAAUAACUGAUAUGCAAAGGGACUGUGAAGUCAAGCUUAAUAACUGAAUCUUCUGAAAUUGGUCUGUUACAAUGGUGUUUCUGAAACCAUACUAUCUUAAACAUUCUUCUGCCUUUAAGUCCAGAAUCAUUUAACCAAAGCUAAUGCAUGCACUGAAAGAAUUCUUGAAGAAAUAAGAUGUCCAGCAGCUACAGUGAUUAUGGCUUAAGAGCUUUCUAUUAAAUGUACAACAUAAAUGCUAGAUUUAUUAAAUUUAUUUCUUUGUGCAGCUACAUAAAGAGCAGGAUGUGGGGAUUCACUUCGGAUUUUGGCAUUCUAUUUGCUAAAAUUGGUAUAAAAAAGAAUUGUGUCAAAGCAUUUUGUUUCGACAUCACCAUCAUUAUUACAUUUGUUAAAGGAAUUUAUGACACAC